AUGCAAGAACACGAGAACCUGCGACAGAUGGGCCGGCAGCAACACAAUCGGCGCGCUCAACUUUUGUCAAACGCCGGAAAACGCGGCAUCAGCGACGGGAAUGAAGGAGGAGAGUUUAUCAGACGCAAGCGGUCACUGACGACUCCAGGCCCGGCGAAAAACAUCCGCGGAAAGACAAUUAACGACCUAAUCAUGAGACAGCCGCCGCACCAUUUUGAUGUUACGAUUUUGCCCUACACAAUGCAACGCAUCGAAAAAACAGGCAGGAAACAGGCGGAAAUGGACCCAGAUGCCGUUCUUGAUCAUCCCGAGAUGCAAAGCGAAGGCGAGAAAAGUCCAAGCCCAGAACCCGUGCAUGCCAGCGUCAUCGUAAAGCUAAACGACAUGCCGCCAAAAGUCUCUAAAGGUGAUCCUUCAAGCGCGCCAUAA